AUGGACAAACGUGUUGGCGUGCUCGGCGGAGGCCAGCUAGGUGCCAUGCUGGCCGAGGCAGCAAAUUUACUACGAAUACCCGUUAACGUCCUAGAUGUCGGCCAUUCCUCCGCCAAGCAAAUAUCGAACCUGGGCGACCACGUUGAAGGAUCUUUCAAGGACGCGGACGCUAUAAGAAAACUAGCUGCUUCGUCCGAUGUUGUAACCGUCGAGAUCGAACACGUCGAUACUCAAAUUUUGGAAGAAAUCUCGAAUGCUGGAGCUGAUGUCCAGCCGCACUGGAGGACUCUCAGGACUAUCCAGGACAAGUAUACGCAGAAAGAACAUCUAAUCUCGAAUGGAGUGGCCACGGCGCAAUCGAUUCCGUUGAAGAGUGCGACCUUGAAGGAUCUGGCAGAGGCGGCGGAUGUGCUAGGCUUGCCACUCAUGCUCAAGUCGAGGAAGGAGGCAUAUGAUGGUCGUGGCAAUUACGCCGUCAAGUCGAAGGUCGAUUUCGAGGCGGCGCUGGAAGCACUUGGAGGGAAUCGAGCGCUGUAUGCUGAGAAGUGGGCCGAGUUCCGGAUGGAGCUGGCUGUCAUGGUGGUCAAAACGAGGGACGAUGUGCUCUCCUUCCCUACCACUGAGACUGUGCAUGAGAACAGUAUCUGCAAACUCACCUACACGCCCGCACGAGGAGUCUCGUCGAGUAUCGACCAGCGAGCACAGGACUUGGCACGGAAAGCCGUGGCCUGCUUCGAAGGCAAGGGUGUCUUUGGCGUGGAGAUGUUCCUGCUCCAGAACGACGAGCUCUUGAUCAACGAGAUCGCUCCACGACCCCAUAAUUCAGGACACUACACCAUCGAAGCCUGCGGAGUAUCACAAUACGAAGCUCAUCUGAGCGCGAUCCUAGACCUACCACUGAAGCAAAAGUCGCUACGUUUAAAUCAGCCAGCGAUCAUGCUCAACAUCCUCGGUGGCGAAACCGAAAACAGCCAUCUCAAGGUCGUAGAAGAAGCACUAAAAUCCGACGUCCGUCCCAAAAUCCAUCUCUAUGGCAAAGGAAAAGCGCGCAAAGGCCGGAAAAUGGGCCAUCUUACCAUCACAGCCCCAACCAUGAGCGAAGCGGAAGAAAUCAUCCAACCUCUAAUCGACUUCGUGGACGCCCAGAACAGCACCACUACGCAAACCACAGGAACAACAACAACAACAGCAGCCACGAAACGGAAACGAUCACCCCUCGUAGCCGUCCUAAUGGGCUCCGACUCCGACCUCCCCAAACUUGCCCCCGGCCUCGCCACCCUUCGCCUCUUCAACGUUCCCUACACAACCCGCAUAACAUCCGCCCACCGCACUCCAGACGCCAUGGCCAUCUACGCCCGCUCCGCCGCAAGCCUAGGAAUCGAAGUCAUCAUCGCGGCCGCAGGCGGCGCCGCCCACUUGCCCGGGAUGGUAUCCGCGUACACACCGCUUCCCGUGAUAGGCGUCCCGAUCAAAGCUAGUAUGGGCGAUGGGAUGGAUAGUGUACUUAGUAUUUUGAAUAUGCCCAAGGGUGUGCCGACGUUGACGGUGGGGUUGAAUAAUGGAACGAAUGCUGCGCUGGCGGCGGUGAGGAUACUGGGGUUGAGGGAUAGGGGGUUUAGGGAGGCUUAUGUGGAGUUUAUGCGGGAGGCAGAACGGGGGGUGUUGGAGAAGGAUGGGAGGUUGGUGGAGGUUGGGGAUGAGGUUUAUUUGGAGGGGAUGGAGUAG